AUGAACUUGCUCGCGUCUCGCCCGCUCAACCGCUAUGAUGACGAAGCCAACAACGCGGCGUACAUGGAGAAUGAGCCCUUCCACGUCCUUCCGCCUGAGCGAUCCACGGCAGGCAAUUCGUCAGAGUCUGACAGCAGCACGUACGGCUCGCGUCGCACCGCCGGUGAUGGCUCUGGCAAGCGCGACGUGCUUUCGAUGCAGCAUGUCAUGAACAUGACAGAAUCCCUGCAGAAGGAGCAGGAAGAUCGAGAGGCUCGUGAGAAAGUCGACAAAGUCAGCGACGCCGAGCGGAUGCGCCAGGUGCGAAACGUACAAUGGGAAGCUGUGAGGAAGCGCAUGAGCCAACGGGCAAUGUCCUUGCACUCCGUUCGAGCUUAUGACAGCGAGGAUGACGAGGAGGAAGUGGAGCUGAAGUCAGUGCACACCGCGCUGAGCGCGCUUGUGCCCUCUCUGACGGAGGAGCGGGCCACGCGACGCGGGGGAUUUCAGGCGGCGGAGACGAUGCCGGAGAGGUUCUGUCACUUCGUCUACAACUGGCUCAUGUACUUUGUCUACGCAUUCUCUGCCUCGGCGUUGCCAGGGAUGGAUGUCAACAAAGGCGCGGACUCGCGAGAGUACUUUGACCGCCGUGUCCGCUAA